AUGAGUGAACCAAACGCCGACCCUCCGCAGCGGCCGCCGCAGCAAGAAGCCAUAUUUAGCCCCUCGGCCAUUGCCGCCGACAUGCAGCGACGAACACGCAAGCAAAACAACUUUGAACAGGUCGAGGCCGAGCUGCCCGACCCCCAGAAGCUGGCCGCCGCCAGCGCCGCCGCCGUCGCCGGCCUCACGCCCGGCUUCACCACCCGCUUCAGCCUCGCCGGCGUCCUCGGCGUCCUCGGGAGCCUCAACCCCUUUGGCGGUCGCCCCGCCACCCGCGGCGAUGUCGUCUGGCUUUUCGAUAACAUGGCGUACCGCACUGGCGGCCGCUUCUCUGCCUCGUGGGAGGCCGAGUUUGUCACCGCCGUCUUUGAGCAGGAGCAGCGUUCGCACCUGGUCGAAGCCGUGGCCGGCGUUGCGCGCGUCCUCGGCAUCGCCGACGACGCCGCGGAGCGCAAGACCAUCCACGAGCGUCUGAUCCCGUUUGUCUGGGACGUCCGCGUCGCCAAGACGGUAUCGGUCACGCAAAAGGGCGCGCGCCGGAGCAUCAAGCUUGGCCCCACGGGCUUCAACGGCGUCAGCGCCAACGUCAUGCAGGUAGCGAGCUAUUCCAAGGGCACUACGGUCGAGGCGACGGCUGAUCUUCCGAGCGGAAUACCGGGCCUGCUAGGCUUGCAGACUUACUACGCCGGACCGACAGGCUGGAGCGUCGUUUCUGUCUUUGUAGAUAUCGACGAUACCAUCAAAGUAACAACGACAAGUGAUCCUAUCGGUAUCCUCCGGGAGACGUUUGUCGAGGAACCGCGCCCCGUGGCUGGCAUGCCAGAGCUGUACAAGUCGAUUGACGGCAUCUUGAAAAGCGACACACCCUGGUUUUACCUGUCGGCGUCACCGUAUAAUCUGUACCCAUUUCUGCGCGAGUUCCGCGACACCCACUAUCCACGGGGAACUCUGAUCCUACGCGACACGAGCUGGAAGACGAUUGCAGGGCUGCUGGCGGCCCUGACAAUGGGCACGGAAGAGUACAAGGUAGACCGGAUGAAGAAGAUUUAUGGGUGGCUGCCCAAGCGCAAGCUGAUUGUGAUUGGUGACUCGACACAGUCGGACCCCGAGGCCUACGGAGAAAUAUAUCGCACAUUCCCAGGUUGGAUCCGACUCAUCCUCAUCCGCAAAGCGACCGACACGGCCAUGUUUGGACUCCGGGAGAAGAACGAACCGGCGCGGUUUGAGAAGGCUUUCAAAGACAUUCCCAAGGAAGCGUGGCAUGUGUUUGAGGACCCCAACGAGUGUGUCGAGAUUGUGCAGGCCAAGGUCAAGCAAGGAUGA